GAGAGAGAGAGAGAGAGAGACAGAGAUAGCUUAUGUGAUGAGUAAUUAACAACCAACAAGUCAGGCAAAUGUUUCCAGUGUAAAAAAAACAAAACCACCACCACCCUCUAACCAUCUUUACCUCGAAAUCAGACCCGAAGUUGUGAAAGCGAUCCUGAGUGACCGUUUUAAAACAAUAAAGGCGUGUUUUUGUAGUUUUAUUAGAUUAAAAGUAGGUCACUCUGAGUCCAUCAUGUAAAUGCGGUCUCUGGAAGCUGAGCCAUGACAAUGAGUGGAGCUAAAGCUCCUCUAAAACAACCAGCGGUCAUGUUUUCUAUAGUGAAAUCAAAUGGCUCCUAGUUGAAAUUGGUAGUGAAGGUGUGUGUGUGUGUGUGAGUGUGUGUUGAUGGAGUAAUAUUGAGAUGUUUGGCUCCGUUACUUUGUGUGGCUUUAAAAGCGCAGCUCCUGCUAGACAAAAGGCCUCACAGAGGAACAUCGCCACCAGGAGCAGGGCGGAAGUGCACGUGCACUCUCUCACUGUCCACAUCUCCUCUGAACAUGACUGCAAAUCUCACACAGCUCCUCUAAACCUGAUUUAUAAUCUCACACAUCUGCUCUAAACCGGAUUUAUCUCACACUCCUUAAGCACGAUCGGAUUACUUGGCGAUUUUUCUUUUUUUUAAUUUCAUGCUGUGAAGAGACACUAAAAUUCAGUCCUCCUCAACUGGCAUGGGUUUGAGAGCCUAUGGAAAAGCCCACACUACCCCAGUAGCUCUGAGAAAGCAGCCAUGCCGUCAGUGAUGGAGCGCUCGGGAUCUGGAGUACUGUCCCGCAGCAGGGCAAAAACCGCAACCAAUGGCAACAGUCAACAUACUGAUGAGGAGAGCAGUGAUGAAGAACAUUCACAUGACAGCAUGAUUCGUGUGGGUGCAGACUACCAAGCACAGAUUCCAGAGUACAAGCCAGAGCUUGAAUCUGACUACAGUGAGAAGGACCAGAGAAGCAUGCUCGUAUGGUCACCUAACAGCCACGUGUCUGAUGCAAUGUUGGAUGAAUACAUCUUAAUGGCCAAAGAGAAGCAUGGAUAUAAUAUGGAACAGUCUUUGGGCAUGUUGCUCUGGCACAAACACGAUGUGGAGAAGUCCCUAGCUGACCUGGCCAACUUCACGCCCUUUCCCGACGAGUGGACUGUGGAGGACAAGGUGCUGUUCGAGCAGGCGUUCAGUUUCCACGGCAAGAGUUUCCACCGCAUCCAGCAGAUGCUGCCAGAUAAGUUGAUCUCCAGUCUGGUGAAAUACUACUACUCCUGGAAGAAGACUCGGACUCGUACCAGUGUCAUGGACCGGCAGGCGCGCAAACUCGUUAGCAAGAGAGAAAAAGAUGACAGUCAUGAUGAGAUGGAAGAAGGAGACCCAGGAAGUGACAGUGACUUUGAGAUCGACACAAAAAAAGAGCCCAAGCUGAGCUCUGGUGCUGGAGGAGGCAGUGAGAGGAGCUCUGGGAGGUCAGGCCCCACACGCAAAGAGAGCCAAGGGGCUCAGUACCGGCACCAUCCACUGAGGGCACGCCGCAGACCUCCGAAGGGCAUGCACCUGGAUCAGGAAGACAUCGUCUCCGUUUCGGCUUCCACCGAGUCAGGAACCGUCUCCAACCGCCAGCUCGACACUCAGCUAGUGUCUCUCAAGAGACAGGUUCAAAGUAUCAAGCAAGCAAACAGUGUCUUAAAACGGAGUUUGGCAGAUGGUGUUGAUGCCAUGAGACCGGCUGAGCCCACUCUUAAGAUUAACUCCCGCUGGACCACAGAGGAACAGCUCCUGGCCGUACAGGCUAUCAGAAGAUAUGGUAAAGAUUUUGCUGCCAUAGCUGAUGUGAUUGGGAACAAGACUGCGGGCCAGGUCAGCUCAUUCUUCGUCAGCUACCGCCGUCGCUUCAACCUGGAGGAAGUACUGCGAGAAUGGCAGGCAGAACAGGAUGUGCUGCAGGGGAGCAGCGAGACCAUGAAGGACCUGAACGGGACAGCAGGAGUGGAAGAGGAUGAGACUAAGAGGGACAGCGUGUCCCCUGCGGACUCUGGCAGUCCAACACCGCCUUCUGAAGUAGCCAGUAACUCCAGCCAGUCUUCUCCUCCGCUUACUCAACCCCCACCCUUACUACGCCCGACUCCACCGAGUGCACCACCGAGCCUGUUGCGCCAACCUCCUCCGCUUCAAACGCGCCCCCUCCAGACGCGAACUCCGCACAACCAUCCUCCACCUCCACUUAUCCGCCCCGCAGUAGCCUCAUCUCACCACCAGAGCGGCUUGAGGAACUCCAUCGGCUCCUCUGCGGCUUCCAGCGUGCAGCUGCCUCCCUCGCUGAUGGGGCUCAAAGUGGAGUCUCCACACUCACACUGAUUCACACAUGCUGCUUGGAAUGGCUUCUGGCGCUGAUCUCGAACCAGUUCACAUUUGUGCAAGAUUAGGAUGUUAAUGGGAACUGGUUCUAGAUCACGGCAACUUCCAAAAAAGCGCUCACACACUGAGCAGGGACUGUCCAUGUGGCAAGGGGAUUUAAAAUACACACAUUAGCGCAGUUGUUCAGGCUCACAGGAUGAGUCAGGGAUGGUGAUAGAUAUAGUGUUAGACAGGUGAAAUGAGUCAGCAGUAGGUAUGGCAUCACUCUGAAAAUCCUCAUAAAACACCAACAUCUCCCACUGUCACUCAUCUAACACAGAAAAAAACCUCAGUGCAGACUUGCCAAAUACGGACCACACACACACACACCUAGCGGGCCUCAGCUUUAAUAAUAUACCUCAGAGGAGGCCACAGAACCCACAGCUACAACAAUUCAACAUGAUCAAUUACAGAAAUGACCUUUGACAGAAAACGUUGUUAGUACUUGAACCAAAAUUUCUCGUUGGAGAAAAGAGAGCCUUCAGAUAUUAGACACUGGAUUGUAAUGAAAUGCCUUGACAACUGAAUCACAGGUUUUUCCAUCGCCAUGGCAACAGCAGCACAUCUCCAACUAUGUUACACCGAAGACAACACAUGAUGUUUGUGAGUGUAAACUGGGAACAACCGUUGUUUCGUUUCCAUUAAAGAGCCAUGUAUUACUAGAACUGAGCUUUAGUGAAGCAGUUUUUUUUUUUAUUUCUAUUCUUGAGUCCCUGAAAUAUUAGUAGAUAGUAAUUAAGUAGAAGUAGUAGUUAAUAUUAAAGCACUAAAUGACCCAAAAUACUUGACUUUAUUUUUUUUUUCUUGCACAAACACUGAAGUAACACAGAGUCUUCAGUCAGCUGUCUUACUCUUGGAGGCAAAAAUGUGCAAGAUGUUGCAACGCUAAAGUUAAUAGUUUGUGCCAGUGGAGUUUCCCCAUUUCCACCAAAACUUUGUAUAUGAGAAAUGUUUACAGGUGAACUUGGAUAUGCUUGUGUUUUUCCUUUUUAGAAUAAAGUGAAAUGACCAAAAUCUACAUCCAGCUGUGC